CCCAGGAGUCCCUUGGCCCCAGAGCCCUUGUAGCAGGAGGCCCAGCCACUGAGCUCCGGUCCCCGGGCAGUGCAGGUACGGCCAUGGCCUCAGAGUACGAGACGGGCCACAUCCGCCAGCUGCAGGCACGGCACACGCAGAUGCAGGAGAAGACCUUUACCAAGUGGAUCAAUAACGUCUUCCGGCAUGCCCGGGUGGGCAUCCAGAUCCAGAACCUGUACACAGACCUGGCCAACGGCGCCCACCUCCUGCGGCUGCUGGAGCUCAUCUCCGGGGAGGCCCUGCCACCGCCCAGCCCGGGCCGCAUGCGCGUGCACUUCCUGGAGAACAACAGCCGGGCUCUGGCCUUCCUCAGGGCCAAGGUGUCGGUACCCCUCGUCGGGCCAGAGAACAUCGUGGACGGAGAUCAGACGCUCGUCCUGGGACUCAUCUGGGUCAUCAUUCUGCGUUUCCAGCUUUCGCACAUCUCCCUGGACAGGGAAGAGUUUGGGGCCAGCGCAGCCCUGCUGUCCGCUAAGGAGGCUCUGUUGGUCUGGUGCCAGCGGAAGACGGCUCCCUACGCCAACGUGCGCAUCACUGACUUCUCCCGCAGCUGGAGCGACGGGCUGGGCUUUAACGCCCUCAUCCAUGCCCACCUGCCGGGCCUGCUGGACUACCGCGCCCUGCGUCCAGACCGCCCACUGCACAACCUCACCCUUGCUUUCCACGUGGCCGAGCGUGAGCUGGGCAUUGCUCAGCUGCUGGACGCCGAGGACGUGGCCGGCCUGCAGCCGGACGAGCGCUCCAUCAUGACCUACGUGUCCCUCUACUACCACCACUUCUCCCGCCUGCGCCGGGGCCGCACUGUCCACAGGAGACUCGCCAAGGUCCUGCUCCAGCUCCGGGAGACAGAGGCGCUGCAGACCCAGUACGAGCAGCUGGCGGCGGACCUGCUACGCUGGAUCGCAGAGAAGCAGGUGCAGCUGGAGGCGUCCGGGCUGCCAGACUCGCUGCCUGCUGUACGGCAGCUGCUGGCGGCCUUUGCCUCCUUCCGCACCCGGGAGAAGCCCCCUCGGCUCCAGCAGCGAGGGAGCCUCGAGGCCCUGCUCUUCCAGCUGCAGACAGCACUUCGAGCCCAGCACCGCCGGCCCUUCCUGCCUCCUGAGGGCCUGGGCACUGCAGAGUUGGCGCAGCGCUGGGCAGGCCUGGAGCGGGCGGAGGCUGCUCGGAGCCAGGCCCUGCAGCAGAGGCUGCUGCAGCUGGAGCGCCUGGAAACGCUGGCCCGGCGCUUCCAGCACAAGGCGGCCCUCCGGGAGAGUUUUCUAAAGGACGCGGAGCAGGAGCUGGACCGGGCCGCAUCCCCACUGGCCAGCCUGGCCACAGCGGAGGUGGCCACCCAGAGGCUGGGCAUGCUGGAGGCUGGCAUCCUGGCCCAGGAGGGGCGCUUCCGGGCCCUGGCUGAGCUCACGGACAUCCUCCGGCAGGAGCGCUACCACAGCUGGGCAGAUGUGGCCCACAGGCAAGAGGAGCUCAGCAGGCGCUGGCAGAGACUCCUCCAGGGCCUGCAGGGGCAGAGGAAGCAGGUGGCGGGCCUGCCCGCCGUGCUGGGCCUGCUGCGGGAGGCGGAGGCUGCCUCGGACCAGCUCGAGGAGUUGCAGGUGCCAGCCAGCUCCCAGGCCUGCGGGCAGCAGCUGGCAGAGGUGGUGGAGCUGCUGCAGAGGCACGAGCUGCUGGAGGCCCAGGUCUCCGCCCUCGGAGCCCACGUGAGCCACCUUGCCCACCAGACCUCCGGGCUGGCCCGCUCCCUAGGCACCAGCGUGGAGAAGCUGCAGGCCAAGGCCAGGGCCCUGGGCCAGCGGCACCAGCACGUGGUGUCUCUCAUCAGGGCCCGGCGGGCCCUGCUGAAGCGGGCCCUGCAGCGGGCCGAGUUCCUGCGCGACUGUGAGGAGGAGGAGGCCUGGCUGGCGGAGCGAAGGCAGCAGGUGGAGACUGAGGCCCCGGGCCGGGAUCCCCGCCGCAUCGCGGGCGCCCUGCAGAAACACAAGGCCCUGGAAGCCGACCUCCGCCGCCACCAGGCGGUGUGCUCCGACCUCGUGCGGAGGGGGCGCGAUCUCAGCGCCCGCGGGCCGCCUACGCAGCCGGAGCCCCGGGAGCGGGCGGAGGCCGUGCAGGGCGCGUCGCAGCAGCUCCGGGCCUGGUCUGCGAGGCGGGGCGCGCGGCUGCAGGCGACCCUGCUAGUGGCACAGUACCUGGCGGACGCCGCAGACGCUGCGUCCUGGCUCCGCGAGCAGCGGUCGUCACUGGAGCACGAGUUGUGCGGAGAGGACCCGGCGGCUGCCGAGGGCUUGCUGCUGCGCCACGUGCGGCUGGAGCGCUCCGUGCGCGCCUUCGCGGCCGAGCUACAGCGGCUGGACGAGCAGGCGCGGAUGGCCGCGGCCCGGGCGCCGCUCACGGAGGAGCCCUCUGAAGGCUGGAGUAGCGCUGUUGGGGAUGCAACUGGGACACCCCAGGAUGUCCCCCAAAUCAUCACAGAGCCAGGGACUCACUUCACCUGGCUCCCAGGGUGGGCCCUGGACACCUGGGAGCUGAAGGACCAGGCAGGCGGCCAGGAUAAGGAGCCCGUGGGCCGCAUGGUGGAGCAGGAGCCACAGGUGCUGUCUGCCCUGAACCCACUGGGAGAAGGCCCCAGGGGUUCCCUCUCUGGCCCUCGCACCACCUGGAAGACAGCCCCCCCAGCUGAGCCAGACCUCUACUUUGACCCCACCACCAUACUCCAGACACAGGAGCGCUUGAGCCAAGACUACGAGGACCUGCGGGCCCUGGCAGAGCGCCACAGGGCCCGGCUGGAGGAGGCGGUGGCCCUGUUUGGCUUCUACAGCUCCUGCAGGGAGCACCGGGCUUGGCUGCAGGAGCAGGUGGCGCUGUUCUCCACGCUGCAGCCCGGGGCCCACGACAUGGAGGCCACACAGCUCAGAUAUGAGACCCUCCUCGCUGCCCUGGCUAUGAGGAAGGGCUCCUGGGCUGAGCUCAGCCGCCUGGCUCAACACCUGAUGCAGAGAUGUCCGGGGAACUCCCCCCAGAUCCAGCGACGGCAGGAGGACCUGAGCCAGAGGUGGGGGCAGCUGGAGGCCCUGAAGAAAGAGAAGGGCUGGGAGCUGGCACACGGCCUGGAGGUGCACAGCUUCCUGCAGGAGCACGGGCCCCUCCAGGUGCAGCUGCAGGACCUGAUGCACCAGCUGGAGCCAGGGAGCCCCGAGGACAGCCGCCGUGCUCUGCAGCUAGCCCUGCAGAGCCUCCCAGGGCUGGAGAGGAGGAUCCGCUCCCUCCAAAGGAUGGCCCGCAGGCUGGAGGACUCGGGCCCCGUGGAGAACCAGGAGCUGCUGGAGUCGCUGCAGGGGCUGCUGGAGCGAGUGCAGGCGCAGGUGGCCCAGCAGGUGCAGGGCCAGGCCGAGGCUCGGGUCCGGCAGAGCUUCCUGCAGGAGAGCCGGCAGCUGCUGCGGUGGGCAGAGAGCAUCCAGGCCCAGCUGUGCCCUGCGGAGGAGCUGGCGGACGAGGCGUCGGCCCAGCGGCUGCUGGGGCAGCACCGAGCCCUGCUGGAGGAGAUCCGCCUGUGGCAAGAGAGGCUGCAGCGGCUGGAGGCUCAGGGCCAGCCUCUGGCAGCCUGGGACUCCCCCGACUCCCAGGAGGUAGCCAGUGCCCUGAGGCUCCUGCGCCAGCACAGCCCAGAGCUGGAGGCCGCGUGGGAGCAGAGACAGCAGCGGCUGCAGGAAGGGCUGGAACUGCAGAGGUUUGGCCAUGAACUGAGUGGUUUUGCUGCUACCUGCACCAACCACGAGGCCUUCCUGAGCCUGGAAAACCUUGGGGGGGACGUGAGGGCGGCCCAGAGCCUCCUGCAGCAGCACCGGCAGUUUGAGUGGCUCCUUGGCACCCUGGGCCUUCGGGUGGAGGCCCUGACAGCCCAUGGCAGGAAGCUGGUUCAGAGCCCGCAGCCUGCUGCACACAAGGUCAGAGAGCAGCUGCAGAUGGUGCAGGCCCAGUGGGCCAGGAUCCAGGAGAGGAGUGAGCAGAGGCGGCAGCAGCUGCUGGCUUCCCUCCAGCUCCAGGAGUGGAAGCGGGACAUGGCGGAGCUGGCGCUGUGGAUGGAGGAGAAGGAGCUGACGGUGGCAGAGGGGCCCUGUUCAGGCCCCGGGAACAUCCUGCGUAAACUCAUGCGGCACGCAGUGGCUGAGAGCGAGCUGAGGGCCUCCCACGGGCACGUGGAACACCUGCAGCAGGUCGGGAGGGAGCUGUUGGGCAGCCAGCCCCAGGCCCAGGAGGACAUCCAGGCCAGGCUCCGGGGCCUGAGCAGCCGGUGGGAAGAGCUGAAUCACAAGAUGGCGGAGCGCUGGGACCAGCUCCAGCAGGCUAGAUGGCAGGACCAGCUCCUCAGGCUGUUGCAGGAGGCCAAGGAGAAGAUGGAGCAGCUAGAGGGGGCCCAGCAGGACACAGAAGCCAGGCAGGACCCGGGCUCGAGCCGGCGGCUGCAGAUACGGCUCUGCCAACUGGAGGCCGAGGGCCAGGUGCUGGCUGGAAAGAUGGCUGCCCUCUGCUCCCAGACACACGGCGUGGGCACUUCCCAGAGCAUCCUGGACGAGACCCAGCGAUGCCUGCAGAGGUUCCAGGGACACCUGGCUGCCCGGCGCCUGCAGCUGCAGGCCUCGGUUGAGCUGUGCCAGUUCUACCAGCUGAGCCAGGCAGAGCUCUCGUGGAUGGCUGAGCGCAUGCCCAGUGCCGGCCCCAGCAGCCCCACCAAGUGCUGGGACAGUGUCCAGAGCCUUUACCACAAGCACAAGGAGCUGCAGGCCGAGCUGAAAGUUCACCAGGGACAGAUGCAGCGGGUGCUGGGCUCCGGACAGAGCCUGGCAGCCUCGGGGCACCCCAGCGCCCAGCACUUCGCAGAGCAGUGCCGGAAGCUGGAAGGCCGCUGGGCGGAGCUGCAACAGGUGUGCGCGGCACAGGCGUGGAGGCUGCAGCAGGCCGUGGCCGUCCAGCAGUACUUUCUGGAAGUGUCGGAGCUGGAGGCGUGGCUGGAAGAGAAGCGGCCGCUGGUGAGCGGCGAGGACUGCGGUGCAGAGGACGCCACGACCUUGAGGCUCAUUAGGAAGCACCAGGUGCUACAGCAGGACCUAGCCCUUCGCUGGCGCUCCAUGGAGGAGCUCGGCCAGAGGGCCCAAACCCUCACUGGCCCUGGGGCCCCUGAGCAGCUGCGCGGGGUGCAGGAGCGGCUCCAGGAGCAGCUGCAGGCACUGCAGGCGGCGGCAGCCACACGGAGCCGGGAGCUAGAGAGGACGCUGAGGCUGCACGAGUACACGCGGGAGGCCGGGGACCUGCACAGCUGGCUGGCCGACCGGAAGCAGGCGAUCCUGGCAGAGGCGAGCCCGGGAGAGGACGAGGAGGAGGUCACGCACCUCCGCACCAGGUUUGUGACAUUUCAGCACCAGGUGGAGAUGGCCGGCCGGCAGGUGGCCGCCUGCCAGCAGUGGGCCGAGAGCCUGCUGCAGCAGGGGCCCCGCGCUGCGCCCUGGGCCCGGCAAAAGCAGCAGGAUCUGCAGGCCUCCUGGUCCGAGCUGUGGGAGCUGACCCAGGCCCGAGGCCGCCUGCUCCGAGACGCUGAAGCCGCCGUGCAGGUUUACAGAGCCCUGCUCGAAGCCCUCACCCAGGUCCAGGAGAGAGCCACCAGCCUCCCCAGUGAUGUGGCCCAGGACCCGCGCAGGGUAGAGGUGCAGCUGAAGCGACAUGAGACACUGGAGCGUGAACUAGAGGCCACUGAGCAGCAGCUGCAGGAACUGCUGGAGACCGGAUACAAGGUGCAGAGGCUGUGUGCAGGGCCUCAGGCCCAGGCUGUGCAGCGGGGACAGCGAGCAGUGACCCAGGCCUGGGAGGCCCUGCGGCUGCGCGUGGAGCAGCGCAGGGCCCGACUGGAGUGGGCGUACCUCCUGGCCCGCUUCCAGGCAGCGGUGCAGGACUACGCCUCCUGGGCAGCCAGGGUGCGGCAGGAACUGCAGAGGGAGGAGAGCGCCCUGGAGCACGGCAGUGGCGCCCUCCAGCUCAGCGCCCACCACCAACUCUGGACACAGCUGCAGGCCCAGGAGGAGGUGUGGCAGCAGGCUGCUCAGCUGGGCCAACAGGCACUGUUGACCGCGGGGACACCUGCUGAGGAGGUCCAGGAAGGGCUGCAAGCCCUCCAGAAUGCGCGGGACCAGGUGUUCCAGGUCUGGGCGUGGAAGCAAGAGAGGCUGCAGGCCGCGCAGGCGGAACAGCGCUUCCUCGGAGCCUGCAGCCACCUGGAGAAGGCCCUCACCGCCCAGGAGGCCUCCCUGCGAACCAGUGCCCUGGGGGGCUCCGUGGAAGAAGUAGAGCAAUUGAUCCGCAGGCACGAGGUCUUCCAGAAGGUGCUGAGUGCCCAGGAUGCAAAGGAGGCAGCACUCCGGGAGCAGCUGAGCCAGCUCGGCGGGAGCGGCAGGGCACGGGACUGGCUUCACGCAGUGCUGGAGCGGCGUGCCCGAGUGCAGGGCCUGGCGGAGAGCCGGGGCCACACCCUGCACACCUCGCUGCGGCUCGCCCACUUGGCCGGGGCCAUCACCCAGGCCGAGGGCUGGAUCCAGGAGCGGGCCCAGCGGCUGGCAGAGCCCAUCCCUCCCGGGGAGCUGAGAGCCCAGCUGAAGCUCCUGCAGAGACACCAGGCCUUCCAGGCCGAGGUCCAGGCCCAGGAGGAGGUCCUCACCUCCAUUGCCAAGGAGGGCAAGGCCCUGCUAGGCCAGGGCCACCCCCUGGCAGGAGAGGUCUCCCAGCAGCUGCAGGCGCUGCAGGAGCACUGGGAGAAGCUGCGGCAGGCGGUGGCCCUCCGGGGCCAGGCCCUGGAGGACAGAAGGGACUUCCUGGAGUUCCUGCAGAGAGUGGACCUUGCAGAGACCUGGAUCCAGGGGCAGGAGGCGAUGGUGAGCUUCGGGGACCUGGGCCAGGAUCUGGAGCACUGUCUGCAGCUCCGCCGCCAGCUCCGCCAGUUCCAAGGCGCCUUGGCCAGGGACACAGGGGCUGACGCCUACCUCAGGAGCAUCGAUGCCUCGUCGCUGCAGCUCAAGAACCAGGCCCCCGAGGAAGUCCAGAGCAUCUGCCGGCGGCAAAGCCAGCUCCAUGGCAGGUGGGCGAGUUUCCAUGGCAACCUGCUCAAGUACCAGCAGCAGCUCGAAGCAGCCCUGGAGGUCCACACGUUGUCCCAAGAGCUGGACGUCGUCACUGAGCGGAUUGGGGAGAAGGACGCCCUGAUCCAGGCCCUGGGCGAAGGCGGGAGGAGCCUGGAGCACACGCAGAGGCUGCUGUGGAAUCUCAAAGUGCUGGAGCGGGAAGUAGGCCUCAUACAGGAGCAGGUGGAGUCCCUGGAGCGCAAGGCAAGCUGCCUUUGCCAGGCCAGCCCCGAGGCGGCCCUCAGCCUCAGCUCCAAGCAGCAAGCCAUGAUGGACAGCUGGCGGCAAUUCCGGAGCAGGGCCCAGAAGCGGAGGGAGGCGCUGGAAGCCUUGCACCAAGCACAGAAGCUCCAGGCGGCGCUGCAGGAUUUGCUGGUCUGGGCCCAGGGGUUACGGGCCGAGAUGGCCAUACCCAGCACCCCCUGCAGCCCAGAGGAAGCCCAGAGCAUGGUGGAAAGGCACCAGGCACUCAAGGCCGAGCUGGAGUCCCGGGCAGACAGCAUCAGCCUGGCCCGGAGCACUGGGCAGCAGCUGCUCACCGCUGGGCACCCGUCCGGCCCUGACAUUCGCCAGGCCUUGGCUGCCUUGGAGCAGGAGCUGAGCAGCCUGGAGGGGGCCUGGCAGGAGCGGCAGCGGCAGCUGCAGCAGGCCCUGGAGCUCCAGCUGUUUCUGAGCUCGCUGGAGCGGGUGGAACGUUGGCUCUGCAGCAAGGAGGCCUGCCUGGCCAGCGAGGGGCUGGGGGACCCCCUGGCCCCCGUGGAGACCCUCCUGUGGAAACACGAGAUGCUUGAACAGGGCCUGGAGGCACAGGCGGAGAACCUCAGCGCCCUGGAAGCUGCAGCCCAUGGCCUGCUGCAGCGUGGACACCCCGAGGCCCAGAGCGCCCUGGGCAGGUGCCGGGCUGUGCUGCGGAGGAAGGAGGCGCUCUUGGAGCGAGCAGGCGCCCGCCGUUGCCAGCUGGAGGAGCUCGGGCAGCUGCACACGUUCCUGCAGGAGACCCACGAGAUGGCCACGUGGCUGCGCGAGAAGAACCUCGAGGCCCUGGAAGAGGGCGGGCGGGACCCCGCUGAGCUGCAGGCGGAGCUGGACGCAGGCGCACAGCACCAGCGGGCGCUGCAGGCGGAGGGGCAGAGGCUGCUGCAGGGGGGCUCCUCGGCCUCGGAGACUGUCCCGGAGCGGCUGCAGGAGCUGGGGCAGCUCUGGCGUGAGCUGCAGACCAACAGCCAGAGGAAGGCGGCCAGGCUUCGCGCAGCCUGCGAGGCCGUGCGUCUCCGACAGAGCGUGGAGGACCUGCAGAGCUGGCUGGAGCCCGUGGAGGCUGAGCUGAGAGGCCCCGUUGGGGGCCAGGACCUGCCUGGGGUGGAUGAGCUGCUGGGCACCCAGGGGGAACUGGAGGCAACGGUGGAGAGGCAAGCCGCACGGGCGCAGGCCCUGCUGGGCCAGGCCCGGGCCUUCGAGCGGGACGGACACUGCCUUGGCCCUGACUUGGAGGAGCAGAUCCAGCGGCUGCUGCAGAGGUUCGAGAACCUGAGGGAGCCCCUGCAGGAGCGUAGGGCAGCCCUGGAGGCCCGGAGCCUCCUCAUGCGGUUCUUCAGGGAUGUCGAGGAGGAGAUGGCCUGGGUGCAAGAGAAGCUGCCUCUGGCCACUGCCCAGGACUGUGGCCAGAGCCUGAGCGCCGUGCAGCACCUGCAGGAGAAGCAUCAGAACCUGGAGAACGAGUUGAGCAGCCACGAGGCUCUGACCCGGGUGGUGCUGGGCACUGGGCACAAGCUGGUGCGGGCUGGCCACUUUGCUGCCCGCGAGGUGGCUGCCCGGGUGCAGGAGCUGGAGGCGGCCAUGGAGCACCUGGGGGCGGAGGUGGCGCGGAGGCGGCUGCGGCUGCGCCAGGCUCAGGAGGCCCAGCAGUUUGUGACGGAGCUCCUGGAGGCAGCAUCCUGGCUGGCCGAGCGGGGCUGUGUUGUGGACAGCGAGGACAUGGGCCAGUGUGCCGAGGCCACACAGGCCCUUCUGCGGCGACUGGAGGCCACCCGGAGAGACCUGGAGGCCUUUGGGCCACGCUUGGAACGGCUGCAGCACGCAGCGGCACUGCUAGAGAGCAGGCAGAGCCCGGAAAGUCCCCAGGUCCUGGCCCAGAUGCAGGUAGUGACGGAGGCCCACACACAGCUGCUGCAGAGAGCGGAGGCCAGGCGCCGAGGCCUGCAGGAACAGCUGCAGGUGCACCAGCUGGAGCACGAGACCCUGCUGCUGGACACCUGGCUGAGUACCCAGGUGGCCACCGCUGAGUCCCAGGACCACGGGCAGGACCUGGAGGGUGUCACGGCGCUGGAGGAGAAGUUCGAUGCUUUCAGCAAGGAAGUGCAGAGCCUGGGCCAGGCCCGGGUGCAGGCCCUGGGCGAGCUGGCAGACAGCCUGGACCAGGCAGCCCCCCACUGCUCUCUCCACGCUCAAGCCCAGAAGAGCCGCAUCCAGGCUGCCUGGGAGAGGCUGGACAAGGCCAUGAAAGUCCGCAGAGAGAGCCUGGCCGCGGUCCGGGAGCUCCGCAGCUUUGAGCGGGCAGCAGCUGGGCUGCGGGGCUGGAUGCAGAAGCAGGUGGCCCUGGUGCAGGGAGCCCUGCGUGGCCACCACCCGUCCUGCGUGAAGACACUGCAGCAGCAGCACGGGCGCCUGGAGAGGGAACUGGCAGCCAUGGAGAAGGCGGCGGCCCGGCUGCAUUCGGAGGCCCGGUAUCUAGGCCAGCACCACCCUGAGGCUCAGGAGGGCCUGGCCGAAGAGCUGGCCAAGGUGCAGGAGGCCUGGGCCACCCUGAAGGCUAAGGCCCAGGAGCAGGGCCAGCAGCUGGCACAGGCCGCCCAUGGCCAUAGCUUCCUUGCGCGCUGUCGGGAAUUGCUAGCGUGGGCUCAGGAGCAGAGGGCGCUGGUGGCGCCAGAGGAGCUGGCUCGGGACGUGGCGGAGGCAGAGCGGCUCCUGGGGCAGCACGAGGAGCGGGGGCAGGACAUCGAGGAACACGGCCUGCAGGCCCGGGCCCUGCAGCAGGAGGGGCAGCAGCUGCUGGACCACAGCCCUUUCCUGACCCCAGAGCUGCAAGCGCAGGUGGCAGAGAGCCUGCAGGAACUGGAAGGGCGGCUGCAGGAGCUCCAGGAGGCCUGGGCCCUGGGCCUGCGGCGCUGCCAGGAGCGCUGGGGUCGGCAGAAGCUGCGGCAGCAACUGGAGCAGGCUGAGGCCUGGCUGGCCUCCCGGGAAGGCCUCCUGCUCGAGCCCGACUGUGGGGGUUCGGUGUCGGAGGUGGCGUUGCUGCUCCACAGACACCAGGACUUGGAGAAGCUGCUGGCCGUGCAGGAGGAGCAUGUCGCCCGCCUACAGGAGCCCGUGGAGACAGCGGCUUUCACGCGCCCCCUCACCUUCAUGGAAGCCCACUGCGAGCAGCUGAGGGACCAACGCGCCAGGAGCCAGUCUUUGUCCGUGAGACCCAGCAGUGAGGACAGCCUGCAGGCAGCACCAAUCGAAGAGCAGGCCGAGAGCUGGCAGCCGGCCCUGGGCAGCACAGCAGCUCCCACAGCCAGUCCUGUCGGCGGCAUGGUGGCAGCGCAGUCCAGCGUGGGCACUCGGCUCAGCUCGGACAGCACUCUCCUCCCAGGGGCUCACCCCACCUCGGCCUUGCCCUCUGCGCUGGAGGAACCCCCGCGGGUCACAGGGCCUGCCCCGGAAGCUGCCCCUGGCUCCCCACGCCAGCCCUGAGGUCGGGGCCCUGCAGUGAAGCCUCCAGGUCACCUCCCACCCCUGGGCACAACAGGAGGGGACCAGAGUGAGACCUGGCCCAGGGCCCAGCCCCUGCCUCUGGCUGAAGUUCCCUGUUGGACAAGGGGCCUCUCCUGAAGCUAUGCUGCUGCUCUGAUGCAUCUGGUCCCGCGUCUGCCAUGCCCAGUCGUGGCAGGAGAGCCCUGGACCACACCCUGAGGGCGCUGUACAUGGACGUGAGCAGGUGUCCUGAUCGUUGGGGGCCACCCACGCUGACAAACUCGCUCUGCAAGGUACAAGGCAGACGCUU